AUGUCGCUCGUUAAUAUGAUUCCCUCCCGCUUUUUUGUGCUGUUUGCCCUGGCUGUGUUUGCCAACGCCCAGUCUGCUCCGGACUUCCCUGUGCAAGUAUCGACGAAUCUGCGGGUUGACUUCCAAAGUUCUUCAACCAGCGUCAACCCGGCUGGUGUGCUCAUAUCCCGUGAUGACGUCCUUGCCGCCCCGACGAUCGAUGGACCGACGGACUCAUCCCGAACACUGGAUUUCAUGAUCUUCAUGGUCGACCAAGACGCCACCUCGCCCGACGACGCCAACACACGCGUGCAGUUCCUCCAAUGGUACCAGCCCAACCUGGGGGGAGCAUCAGAGGUGCUCUCCGACUUCGGGACUGACGCCCAGAAUUUCACCUCUGCUCCGGCGGUUUCGUACAUGCCGCCGACGCCGCCAGCCGGGGACGAGGCUCACCGGUACACGUUGCUGCUAUACUCGCAGCCCGAGGGGUUCAGCAUCCCGGCAUCUUUCGAGUCGUUCUUUGAUUCGACGGAUUCGAACGCUCGGAUCAGCUUUGAUAUGGCUGGGUUCGCUGCCGCCGCGGGGAUCGGCCAGCCCGUCGCCGCGAACUGGUUUGAGGUCCAGAACACGUCACAGGCGGUGACAAGCAGCACAGCAGCGACUUCGAGCACGACAGCAAGCUCGACUUCUGCGUCCACUUCCACUUCCACUUCCACAACAAUAUCAGCGUCCACGUCUUCUACGACAUCUACUUCCACCUUCAAUUCUAGCUCUAUCUCUACGCAGUCGUUCGUAUCCAAUACCACCAUGACGGUCGCCACUGUUACGGCAUCAGCCACUGCAAGCGAUUUGACGAGCCAGACUCCAGCCGGACCAUCAACCAUGACGGUGGUGACAACGGCAGGGAUACCUACAACUACGGCCUCGGCCAGCGCCGGCGCCAGCACGCAGCCAAGCGCUAGUGCAAGCGGCAGUCUAGCGAGCGGCUCUGGCGCAUGCAUGGUCGACGUGCGUGACAGCAUGAGCAGGCUGGUGGUAGCGUUAGUGUUUGGCGUCGCUGGCGCUGGACUGUGGCUGCUGUAA